AUGACUCUCCUAACGCUCGGACUGUACCUUCCACUAUUGUUUUGUUAUGAUUUGGCUCAGUCCUCUAUUCUGGACGACGUUUUUUCAGUCUCCGAAGCUCUCAGAUCCCUGGAGCAGCAGAGGAGAUUCACCCCAUGCUGUUUACUGAGUCCACCUCCACCUCCCCUGUUUCCUCCACCCCCUUCACUUUGGCGCCGCCAUGCUCAUGUGAGAGGUAAACCAGAGACAGACAAUGAGGGGAAAAUUGACAGCUGUGUCCCAGGUCCUCCUGGGCCUGUUGGACCCCCUGGACCUCAGGGUCCACCUGGUUUACCUGGUAUUGGAGGACCUAAAGGAGAAAAAGGAGAAAUCGGAAGACCUGGGCAAAAGGGUCGGAUAGGUCCUCCUGGGCUCCCUGGCAAGCAGGGACCCGCUGGAUGGCCAGGACCAAAUGGGCCUAAAGGUGAGAAGGGAGACCAAGGGCUGAUGGGUUUGCCUGGAGCCAGAGGACCAAUUGGGCCUAAGGGUUUACCAGGGUAUAAAGGGGAAAAGGGUUCCCGAGGAGAUCGCGGUGAGAGUGGAAUGAAAGGCGAAAAGGGCUCAAUGGGUUUCCCGGGAAUGCUUGGACAGAAAGGUGAAAUGGGUCCAAAAGGAGAGCCGGGAAUGUCAGGAAACAGAGGACCCACCGGCCGACCAGGGAAGAGAGGGAAACAGGGAGUGAAAGGAGACACCGGGCGUUUAGGACCUAUGGGACCAGCAGGCCCACAAGGACCUCCUGGCCACCCUGGACCUCCUGGUUUACCAGCCGCAGGGCUUUAUAUGGUUGGAGCAAAGGGCGAGCGUGGUCUACCAGGGCCUCCUGGGAAGUGUAGUUGCAACUCUCUUAGUUCUUCUCCAGUUGAAGAGCACAGCUCCAGAGGCAACUAUCCCAAAGUACCAGCGAUAUUUGUGGUAAGCAGUGAGGAGGAACUGCAGCAUCUCGACACAGAUAACGCUCUUGCAUUCCGCAAAGAUCAGAGAUCCCUCUAUUUCAAAGACAUCGAUGGCUGGCUGCCAAUUCAGACUUUUUCGUUCCAGCUGACGCCAUUUCAGUCCACGGAAAAUGCACCUGAUGAUGAAGGUUACUGUGGCGACGGGAUAGUGCAGAUUUCCAAUGGGGAGGAGUGUGAUGAUGGAAACAGAGUUGUCACUGACGGCUGUGUCAAGUGUAAACAUGCGUACUGUGGAGAUGGAUAUCGCUAUGAGGGGGCCGAGGAGUGUGAUGGAAAAGACUUUGGCUAUCAGACAUGCAAUUCAUAUCUUCCAGGGUCAUAUGGUCGCCUCAGAUGCACACCGUACUGUGUCAUUGACUCCACAAACUGUAAGUACUUCACUUGAGGAGGAACCUGGAUGGUGCAGCGGGAUCCUCUGUGUCUUCUUUGCAUAACUCAAAACAGAGAAAAAAGAAAGAAAAAAAAGAACAAUAAUGUUGCAAGCAAGAGUCUCUUAGGUUAAGAGGCAGCAAAUCAAUCUCCAAUGAAAGAAAAACGAAACAUGUACUAUAACUCCUCUGUAUCGCUGCUGAGAUGCCACGUAGCUCCCAGGGGUUGAAGAGUCAGGCAGUGGAGACUAAACCUUCACCCGUUCUUAGGAAAAAAAAAUGCACAGGACAAUUGCACUGUCUUAACAAGCAGGACUGAAGACUGGCCUCCUCACCAUACCUGACUGGACCAGAAUCAGCCCCUGGAUGUGAUGGUUGUACGACAGCCAUCCAGGGACCUAAUUAACUGCUAAUGGGACAUCUUGCAGACAUGUAGUGGCUGGCCUCGAGGCAUAUUAACCCAGUACUGUUGCAAAGAGAGGCAGCAGGACACCCAGAAGCAGGGCCCCCGGAUUUUCCACUGCAAUGUGAACGACGGUGCAC